AUGACGGCAUUAACAGCAGCAACAGGUGCAGCAGCAGCGUCAGGUGGCAGUGCCACCGUGACCACUGUAUCUCCUGCUGACACUCAACAGCAGCAGCAGCAGCAGCAGCAGCAGCAAUUGCUGCUGCGCCCUACAAAAGAACCAAAAGAAAAAAGAAGAGAAGAUUAUAAACCUACAGAUUAUAUUAUUGAUCAUGUUGAUCUUUGCUUCCGUCUUGAUGCAGAAAAUACAGAGGUAACAUCUAUAUUAACGAUGCGAAGAAGAGAAGGAACCCCUCCUGUAGAUCUUCGUUUAGAUGGCGAGGGUUUAGAUUUACGGGGUUUAUGGGUAGAUAAUAAGGAGGUCCCCCCAGUAGGUGGGGCCCCCUCAUCAGGGGCCCCUUCAUCAGGGGCCCCCUCAUCAGGGGCGCAAUUAGAAGAAGGGUACAAAGGGUUUAGGAGAAUUACUUAUUAUAUAGAUAGACCUGAUGUUAUGGCUACAUUCAAGGUUCGUAUAGAGGCAGAUAAGAAAUUGUACCCUAUAUUAUUAAGUAAUGAUGCUGAGUAUGAGAGGAUAUUAGGUGUUGUUGGUCAUGAAUACUUUCAUAACUGGACAGGAAAUAGGGUUACAUGCAGGGAUUGGUUCCAAUUAACCCUAAAAGAGGGUCUAACAGUAUUUAGGGAUCAACAAUUCUCUGCUGCAGUAGGGUCUGCAGCAGUAAAAAGAAUAGAUGAUGUUUCUUUCUUACGGGCACAUCAAUACCAAGAAGAUGCAGGACCCAUGAGUCAUCCUAUUCGUCCUGAAUCUUAUAUAGCUAUGGAUAACUUUUAUACACUAACUGUAUACGAGAAAGGAGCAGAGGUCGUAAGAAUGUACCAUACCUUAUUAGGUCGUGAGGGUUUCCUUAAGGGUAUGGAUCUAUACUUCCAACGUCAUGAUGGACAAGCAGUUACUUGUGAUGAUUUUAGACAGGCAAUGGCUGAUGCUAAUAAUAGAGAUCUAACACAAUUCGAGAGAUGGUACUCACAGUCUGGUACACCAGUAGUAACAAUAUUAGAGAAGAGAUGGGACAGCAGCAGCAGCAGCUACGUGCUGCGCCUGCAGCAGCACACUCCUCCGUCCCCUCAGCAACCAAUCAAGAAACCUUUACAUAUACCUAUUGCUAUUGGUCUUAUAGGGAAAGAAUCCAAAAAAGAUCUACUUAAUCCUCCAACUAAG